GAUUUUGAAUAUUUUUGUGUAAUCGAAUCAAUUAUAUUAUAAUAACAAAAAUUAGGUUUUCUAAGUGGUUUUUAGAAAUAUAAAGAUUUAGUAAUAAAUUAAAAACAAAAACAAGAAACAAAGAAAUAAAAAAAAGAGUAAAAGAAACAAACAAAAUCAUAUAAUAUAUAGAAUCAAAAUAUAUUAUAUAGAUAUAAAUUCAGUUAGCAAGGAAAUUCUUCCAAGGCUUGCUUGGCUAUCUUGAAAUUAAUCAUAAAUACGAAACUAGGACACGAAGAUAAAGAAAAAAGAGUAAGUGCGCAUUAGGGGUUGAUGACCUCAAAUGAAAUUAAUCUUGAUAUCCCUCAGCGGAUUCAUUUCCAUCCCUUGGAAAAAUAAGAAAUAAAUAUCAAGGAAUUGCUUUUAUAAAGUGAUAUACUAAAAAAAGUUAAGGAAAAAGAUUAAGAAACUCUUUAGAUAUUAUAAAAUCCUGAUGUCCUCAGAUAGAUAGUAGAAAUUUUGUCAAUCAAACCAUCAGAACAAGAUGAGGACGCAGAUAUUUUUAGAUAAUUGUAGGUUAUUUGCUAGCUGUUUAGAAUGGAAGAUAAUGGCCACUUACUUAAUGCCUUUUUAGGGGAAAAAAAUUUUAAAAAUAGUGAAUUCUUCUUGUACACAGAUUUGAAGUUGGGAACAGAAUAAUUUGGGUCUGAAACAAAAUUAGAAAAUAUUUAAAUAGAAGAAACGAAAUAGGAAAAAUUCCAAGCUUAUAAUUCUCCUUUAAAAACUUCAAUAUUUUGCCAAGACAGUGAAGAUUUAACGCCAUUCUAAAAAAAUGAUUAAUUCUACAGCGCUGACAAUGUGUUUAUAGACUUUUUAGAUAUCCUAAAAGUGUAAGGCAUAGAAGAUGCUUGGGUUUAAUACCAUUUUAAUCAAAUAUUCUCUGCGCUUCUUGCUUUUAAACCUGAAACUGUUUAAUCAUUAGUGCUAGAAAAGCACUAAAAUGAACAGUUACUCAGCUAUGUGUAUAAAUAUAUUGGAGAUUACGAUAUUUCUGAUGUAAUAGAAAAAUUAUGCUUCUAACUAUAUGAACCCAGUGAAAAUAUACCUAUUGAUUAUCUGAAGAGACAAGAAGACUAAAUCAUAAAAAUUAUAAACGAGUUGCUAGACUUAAUUAGUGUUAGAAUUGAUGAGUUUGAUUUAAAGAGUCUCUGUAGGAUAAUUAAAAAUUGUUUAAAAAAAUGUAAUUCUCAUAUCCACUCAUAGACUUUUAUAAAAUUCUCAAAUAUAAUUUUUGCUAAUACGAGGGUUCAAACAUAUCUAAACAUCCUUUUAACUUCAAAAUCAACAUUAGCAACUUGCGAAAUAGCACAGCUAUUUGUGUCAGCUUUAUAAUUAAUUUAGUAAGCUUCAGCAGAUUCAGAAUAGAAACUCAAUUCUCCUAAAUCAUUCCAAUAAACAUUUGAAAAAAGAUGGUUGCAAAUUAUCGUAUAAAAUCUUAGAAGAAUCAAAGAAAAUAAAUUAGAAUUCAUAGACAAAGAAAAGACUCUAAUGACGCAAUUUGAAUAAAGAAUUCAAAUGUUUGGGAAUGAUAAAUUAAGUAUAAUAGAUUUGAUUUUUGAAAUGGUCAAGCUCAAUGAUCCUGAAAUAGUUAAUGAGAUUAUUAUGCAAGACUAUCCUUCCCUAAUAUUUUCUUACCUUUUUGUGUAUGAUUGGAAUAAUUUACUUCAUGAUAAAAUUUACUCUAUGAUAAACUACUUAGUUAACUUUGUAAUAUCUUCUCAGGCAUCUAGCUAAUAUGUCGAAAGUAAUAACUACAUCUUGCUGAAGCAUUUAAUUACCCAUGUUGAAGUUUACAAAAAGAUCCGCAAAGCAUAAUCAGACGAUACAGUAAUGCUAAGCGUUAAAAAAGUUUAAAUAAAAAAACCAAAUAUGGCAUUUAUCAUAAAAAUUGCUGAGAGUCUUGAGAGACUGAGGCAAGAAAUGCCUGAAGUUAAUUAAAUGCUUGAAGCUAUGUAAAGCCUGUAAAGAGAAAAGUGGGAAGAUUUUUGCAGAACGUUUCUUAAAAAGAAUCUCGAUUUACAAAAAGUGAAGCUUGGAGAGUAUGAUAAACAGAAAGAUAUGAUUUAGGAGAGCAGCUUUAUGGAGGGAAAAUUUAUUAAACAGUCAAAUAACUCGAAAAAACUCUCUGAAAGAUUUAGAAAGAAUAGUGGUAAAGAUAUGAGUCUCUUUGUGCUCAAUCCCUCAAAUAAGAAAUUUUCUACAAGCAGUAAUGAUGCUACUUAGAAGAGCGAACCGACAUACUUGAAAAACAAUGAAAUUGCUAAUUCUCAAUUCACUUAAAUGCAAAGAAAAAAGCUGAUAGAUGAUGAUUAUUCAGAUGAUAAAGAAAAGGAUGAGUUUUCUUUGUGCUAGUCUAGAAAAAAGCUUUCAAUAAGUGUAGAAAGAAAGAGCUCAACCAACAUAAUUUAAUAAAAUAUAAACCAAUACAACAGCUCUUUAGACAAAAGGGAAGCAGAUAUUAAAUCCAAAUAUUAAAAUGAGAAUGAAAAUAUUUAAGGUUCCUUUCAAAGAAAAGAAAGUGAUAUCCUUGAUCACUUAGAUGACUCAUGGGAAAAAAAUAGGAAAAGAAUAAUAACUCUGGGAAGCUCAAACAAAAGUGGAAUUAGUUAUGACUAAGCUUAGAUAUAAAAAAAUAAAUUAUACAGCUAGGAAGCAAAAAAACCUGAUGAAAUUAUAUAAAGUUAAUAAGCUGAUUAAAUAAUGUUUAAAAAAAAGUCUGAAAAUAAUUAGACGAAGAUAUCUUCGUUAGGAGCGAGGUUGCAAGAAAAUUUAGAUAUGAAAAAAAAAAAAUUUUCAUACGAUGAGAAUAAUAGCAACUCAUUUUUACUUAGUCCUAGGAUAUUUCACAAGAGAAAGAGAGUUAAAUCUUAACCCAAUUUAUGCUCUGAUUAUAGUGAUGAAAAAUCAAGUAAUUAAAUCUUUAAAGCAGCUAACGAAGAAUAAAAUAAGAUAGAAGAUUUUAAUUCUCUAUUUAAUAAUACAGAUUAAACAAAUAAAGAAAAAUUUACCACAAUUAAAAUCCAGUCUAGCUGCUCUAUUGAAAAUAAUACUCAAACUGAAUAAAAUUAAUCAAGUUUAUCAGCUAUGGCUUUGUCAGAUUUUUCAAAUGUUUCUCCAUCAAAAAGAUAAGGAAAAUCCUAAACUUUAAAACAAAGCAAUUCUUUAAAAGAAAAUUAUUUUGAAGAUAAAACAAAAACUGACAAUAACUCAAGUGAUUCUGUUAUUAAAUCUUUAAUUCAUAAUAGAAACGCAUUUAAAAUAAGUUCUAUUUAAAUAAAAAAUAAGAUCUUCAAAUCUUCUAAAAAACAAGAAAAAAAUUCUUCUAAUUUACCUGAGUAAACUUCAAGCAUCCAAAAAAUUAAUGAGGAAGAGAACGACUCAUAAAGUGAAACAGAGAUGAGCAAUUCAAAAUCGAAUUCUAAAAGCGACAGUUCCUCAGACCUCUAAAAAUUGGAACAGGAUUCAAUUUAAUCUUUACCGAGUAAUGUAGAAAAUAUAGAUAGCUAAGCACAGAUAAGCUCAUAUGAACUUUAAGAAAAAAAUAUAGAAGAAUAACCUAAUUGCAGUGAGUAGUUUUGGCUGAUGACAAAACCAAAAAGUGAUUCCCAAACUCUCUUUAGAGAUUUCGAAGUAAGAGAUACUGAAACAUCCUUCUAUGUAAAUGAUAAAAAAGAGUGCAGAAAGCUUACAGAUGAAUCAAAUUCUAUUUCGGAAUUCUUCAGCAACAACAACAAAGGAAAUGACUAAAAAUUAGAUGAAAUAAUUUCUUAAAAAAUAGAAGAUAUCACUCCAAAUGUCAAUUUAACGAGAAGAAGAAAAGAAAGUAUAUUCGAAAUGUCAUUUCUAAGUCCAAUUUGUUAAAUGAUUAGUAAGGACGAAACAGAAAACAGCAUAAACAACGACGAAUACGAAAGCUCUGAUUAAAUAUCAGGCAUUCUUUCUCAACGUUUAAGCAUGAAUAAAAGCAUUAACUUGUAUUAAACAGAUAAAAACUCCAAUUAAUAAAAUUAAGAAUAUUCUUGUUCAUAAGAUCAAACAGUUAAGUAAGACACACAAAAUUAUUAAAACCAAAAACUCUAAUAAAAUGUAACAUAAAAUGACACUACUUGCUCUAUAUAAUUAGAAAACGAUAAAUCUAAAAGUAUGAAUGAUUAUUAUUUGAACUAAGAGUCCUCAUUUAUACUUUGAAUUUCAAUUUUAAUGACAUCUUAAGAAUAUAAAAAUAAAAUCUUAGAAGAAAUUGAUUUACAAAAAUUUGAUUAUUUAAAAUAAUAAAUUAUAUAAAAUACAUCUACACUUUUUAAUGAAAAUACCAAAAAAUUAUUAAAAUUUUAAAAGAUUUAAUGUAACUAACUAACCAACACAAAAUAAUAAUUUUGAAUAAAUAAAAUUGCUCCUUGUCUACAAAAAUAAACAAACUACUUUCUCACUAGUUAUAUUUAAAGUUUAUAAGAUUUAAGGUAAUAAAACUAAUUUUAUAUAGAAAGUUUAAUGACUAUAUCAAUUAAAAAUAAAAGAAAUCUCACUCUUUCUAGCUUGCUUACUAUUUUGCCACUUUAUAAUAUUGUAAAAUUAACAAAACUAUAAAAUUAUUAGUAUAGUUAUAUUAUAAAAUUUAUUUGUUUAUUAUUUAUAAUCAGGGUUUUAAAUUUGGGGGUUUUUUCCGUCAAAAUCGUC